AUGCAAUCAACCCAGCUCGAGAGAUUAGUCAAUGGCGCCGAGAAGCCUUUUAUCAAACCCGAAGACAUGCCACGCGUGGAGGUGCCUACUUUAUUUGACUCCUUCCAGGGGAUGUUGACAGUUGAAGCAUUGCGGCGCAAGCCGGCUGCCGAGCUGUUGCGACACGAGUGGCUGGCAUUAUAA